ACUUUCAGUGACGCAGCCCCAGCAUCCGGGGUUUUCUCUUUAAAUGGGCUGAGGCGCAUGCGCAGCGGCUUCUCAGCGCUUCGACCUCUGCAGCCCGUGAUCCGGCUCAUCCCGCCCGAGAGUGAGUGAAGCGGUCGGUCAGCUCAGCUGAAAAUGUACGCCUGCGCUAAGUUCGUGUCUACGCCUGCACUGGUUCGCUCUGGCUCAAGGGCGCUGUGCAGACCCCUCUCUGCCUCUGUGCUCUCCAGGCCAGAUGUCAAGUCUGCAGAGGCUAGCCCAGUCCUCCUGCCACAGAGCCCCCUCUCCCAGGUUGCACUGAGGGGUUUCCAGACAAGUGCAGUGAGCCGUGACAUUGACACAGCCGCCAAGUUCAUUGGAGCUGGUGCCGCCACCGUGGGUGUGGCCGGAUCAGGAGCCGGAAUCGGAACAGUGUUCGGAAGCCUCAUCAUUGGAUAUGCAAGGAAUCCCUCACUGAAGCAGCAGCUGUUCUCCUAUGCUAUCCUGGGCUUUGCCCUGUCUGAGGCCAUGGGACUGUUCUGUUUGAUGGUUGCUUUCCUCAUCCUGUUCGCCAUGUAAAGUCUGCAUCCGUCCUCAAUCUCCUGCUGUGACGACGCACGUCUUACACUGGCCAGCGAAAGUUCUGUGUUUGGUGUCAUGACAGUUGUACAUUUUUCCAAGUUUUUUGUGGAAGGCUGACGGACUAAAUGGAAGAACAUGUAAAAAUGUAUCCAACUACACGAUUAAAGUACAUGUAUUUCACUAUUUAAAA